AUGAGCAGCUCAAGCUGGGAGCUCCAGCCCCCAUACCAAACCGGCGACUCUUCACGCUCCGCAGCCAAACUCCGCGGUGCCUGCCACUGCGGCCGCGUCGUCUACCGCCUCACCCGCGACUCACCCCUCGACUCAAAGUACUGCCAUUGCCACGACUGCCAGGUCCUCCACGGCGCGCCCUUCCAGUGGGCCGCCAUCUUCCACAAGGCCGACGUCGCCUUUGACAAGGGCGCCGCCGGCCUGCGCUUCUACAACUCACCCUCCAAAUGCGCACAGCACGUCCUGCCCUGCAAGGUCGCAUGCGACCACUGCGGGAGCCUCAUCAUGGAUGAGGGGCGCAACAUGGUGUUGCUCUUCCCCACCCUGCUGCGCUUCGAGACGGAGGAGCAGCGUCGCAAGUUCGACGUCCAGUGCCACAUCUUCUACCCGCAGCGUGUCGUUGACAUUCCUGAUGGAAAGCCUAAGUGGGCAGGUCUAGAUCACAAGUCUGGGCUGUUAAAAGACGACUAG